AUGUGCUCACUGCGGUCAAUUCUCGAACAUUCCUCCCUCAGCACUCCUACGUCCAGACUGAUUACUCCACCUCCAUCUGCAGAUCUCUCUCCAGUAGAUGAACCAGAAAAGGCCGACAACGCUUCGAUCGCAGAAUCAAUCCUUAGCUGGGAUCGAUCGAGGCGGCGAAUUCAUGAAGAAGACCCCUCAUCUAUGUCUAUCUGUUCCAAUGAUUCCCUCACCAUGGGAAGCACCUCUCUAUCGGAGGGUAGCUAUAGAGUGAAUUCCACCUUAACUCUGCCCAGGACAAUGUCAGCCCCUCUUUUGUACGGCCUUGAAGUGGAGGACAUCGUCUACGUGGACGAAAGCCUUAGGCAGAAUCGCCCUGUCACUCCAAUCGAGCGGAAAGAGCUCAAUCUUUUCAUGUUCAGAGCGAAGUCUCGCUAG